AUGGCUCAAAAAACUCUUACAUUUGUAACUGGCAACGUAAAAAAGUUGGAAGAAGUUAGAGCUAUUUUGGGAAACAAUUUCCCCUUUGAAGUUAUCAGCCACAAUUUAGAUUUACCGGAAUUACAAGGUGAGAUAAAUGAAGUAUCUAUUAAAAAGUGUCAAGAAGCAGCUCGUAGACUACGAACACCUGUAUUAGUAGAAGAUACCAGCUUAUGUUUUACGGCACUGAACGGUUUGCCGGGUCCAUACAUAAAAUGGUUUUUGGAAAAAAUUCAACCUGAAGGUCUAACGAAACUCCUUGCGGGUUGGGAAGACAAGUCUGCUGAAGCAGUGUGUACAUUUGCCUAUUGUGCAGGUAACUGUGAAGACCUUGAUGUUACAUUAUUUCAAGGAAUAACUAAAGGACAAAUAGUUCCUCCAAGAGGGACAAGGGAUUUUGGAUGGGACUGUGUUUUCCAACCUAAUGGAUAUGAUAAAACUUAUGCAGAAUUACCAAAGGAAGAAAAAAAUUCUAUUUCACAUAGAUACAAGGCUUUAGAACAAUUAAAGAAGUAUUUUACAGAAAAAUCAAAUGAUUUAUAA